AUGUCAUCUUUAACUAUAAACAACAAUAGUACUGUUGUUGGUAAUAGUAGUGGUGGUGCUAGUGUUGUUGGUAGUGGUGGUAGUAAUAAUGGUGAUGUUAUGAUUGCAUCUACGACAACCACUACAACUGUCAUUACAACUACAACAACUACGGUUGCCACUCCACCAGCAUCGAUGUCAACCAGUCAGCCAAACAAUAUAACAAUGAUGUCUAAUACCAUUAGCAGCAGUCAAUCGGUGGUAACAACACAACAGUUAUCAUCGUCAGUACCGAACACCACCACCACCACCAACAAUAGCAACAAAGAAGCAGCAACACCUUAUCAUCCUUUUCACAAUGGUGGUAUAUUAAUGAUUAUGCCCAAUGGUCCAAGUUCAUUCCCACCUUCAUUACGUAAACUUAGACAUGUAAAGAGUAUACUAUGCAGAAACCUCAUUCCUUCAAUUAAUAGUAGCGCAGAUCUGUCGUUGCCGAAUGCAUAUUUCACACUUCAUGCACCUCCACCACAUAGAGUCACAAAGAAUAAAUCAAGAUAUAGAAAGCAACAAAUGUUUCAAAUGCAACAGGAACAACAGAAGCAACAACAACAGCAGCAGCAAUUACAACAACAACAACAACAACAACAACAACAGUUGGAUGAUUUACAAAUGGCUAACUCGCCAUCUUCACCUACAGAACAACAACAACAGAUACCAGGAGAUGAUAUAAAACCAAAUAAUUUGAAUGAUAGUGGUGUUAUUGAUGAUGUUUUCGAAAUUGAUGAAUUAGAUGAGAACAGUGUUAGUGCAUUCAAGAUUAGAGAUGACGAUCAUGCUGUUGGCUAUGAUAACUAUAUUGAUGGCGAUGAUGAUGAUGAUGACUAUGAAGACGACGAUGAUGAACGACUCGACGAUUUGGAAAAUGAUAGAUUAGAUGGUGAUAACGAAGAGGAAUUGACAACACCAUUCUAUAUAAGUGAAGUUGUACCUAAUUCAUAUAAUCCUGUUUGGAAUCCAUUUGAUUGUUAUCAACCGUUACCAGAGGAAAUACUCGAAUGUUUCAAUACCUUUAAUAUAUGUAUAUGGGAUAAGAAUCAUAACGAUGAACCACUAUUCCAAUCAGAGAUUGAUUUAACACAACUGGAAUUUAUAUCACAAGAAAAAAACAAAAAGGGAUCAACAAAAUUAAAUGAUUAUAAAUUCAAUCCAACGGUUACAAGUGAUAAAAGAAAGACAGAUACUGUUAAUCAAGAUCAACUAUUAAAGUUACUGGCAAUAAAGUUACAAAAUAUGAAAUAUCGAGAGAAUUGUCAACAACUUGGAAACGAUAUUGAAUGUAAACUCGAUAGCGAUGUACAAUAUAUGGAAAGAAUCAAAAGAAUCGAAAGAUUAAAGAAUAGAGUCGAACAGUUAAAAGAAGAGUGUUGUAAUCAACUAUCUUUAAAAGAAAAAGAAAAAGCUGAUACCAAGAGCGUGUGCACUUACCAAUGCCGGCAUAAUGUUCUACUCAUCGUUCCAAUCGCUGCUAGAGUCAAAGAAGGUGAUGGAUAUGGAUCGUUUGCUGCUAAACAACAUUAA